AACUCGCUCACCAUCCACCUGCUGCUCUUGCGCAUCUCAAACUUGAAUAUCUCCGACAUCAAGCUACAUAAUCAACAUGGGUGGAGUUGACAGAGCAGGAGGCAAGGCGAAGCCACUGAAAGCGCCAAAGAAGGCGGCGAAGGAGUUGGAUGAGGAGGACAAAGCAUUCCUCGAGAAGCAGCGAGCUGAUGCCAAAGCCAGGGCUGAGCUGGCGGCAAAAGCCAAGGGUUCAAAGGGUCCUCUCAACACCGGUGCUCAGGGCAUUAAGAAGAGCGGCAAGAAAUGA